GCGGGGACGUUUUUGAGCCAUCACCGCCCAUCUACCAGUGCUUUGUUGCAAUACGUCGUCGUGUUUGUGGUAUUCUUUAACAUCGUUUCGCUUCAAUAACAUCAUCAACAGCAGCAGCAGCAUCCCCAUCAUCAUCAUCAUCGUCAUUAUAAUCUACCUCUUCAUUUACCUUGUUAAUAUCGCUGUUAUUGUUGUUAUUAUUCUUGUUUCAUUAAUCUCUCUGUCCUUGUUUAAUUUUUUUCUUCCCUCCCCCCUUGUUUAUUUCUUCACAUUUUCUUGUUCUGCUGCUGUUGUUGUUGUUGUCAUUGUUGUUCAAGUCCAUUUAGAACUUAACCAAGACCGCGACAAUGUCAUCACCACCACCGCCGCCGCCGCCGCUACCACCGCCAUCACAACCCACGCAGUGAAACCAUAAGAAGAACUGUGGAAAUAAAGAGGAGAAUGUGAAGGGCAACAGCACCUUCCCUCUCCUUCCCCCCACCCCCGCUGUUAUCACCGGAAAGAAAAGAGGGGGGAAAACAGACAAAGCCACAACAUCAACCAUGGACCCCCACCUCACUCCCACCACCACCACCACUACAAACGAAAAAAGAAUGACUCGACAUGUGAACUUUGAACCUGCGACGGCGAGGAGAACAUGGGUGAUAGCUGUAGUGAUAAUGGUUGUUGUUGUAUGUGGGGUGUUUGAGAAGGGUUUGUUUAAUCAUGUAUCUGGAGCUUAACAACAACUAGAGCAACAAUAAUAAUAAUAAGAAUAAUAAUAACUCUGCUAUAACUGCAUUAUCAUCAUCACCACCAUCAUCAUCGACAUGAUGAUUAUCUGUACAUCAUCAUCAUCAUCAUCAUCGUUAUGACCAACAAUAUAAAACGGGAUGGUCACGGUUGUCUUUUGAUCACAAGACUGAUAAAAGCUGAUAUGAGAGGAUUAAUCAACAACUGCCACUACUGGACCUGUCUACAUCAACAAACACACCGACCGACCAUUUAUUCUUCUCGUUUCUUUGUAAUUCUUUCCAGGUCUCUUCUAUUUUUUCCUCACUCCAAAUUCAACUUUGUCCUGCCUCGCUAAAUACAAGCUGAAAGAUGGAUACAUUUACAGUCAUACCUCACCUGAAGACAACCCAAACUUACAGAUCAAAGAACCAAAACAAUUAUCAUCAUCAUCAUUAUUAGUGUCAUCAUCUUUUUGUUGUAAUCGUUGAUAAAUGGGAACAACUAUCAGUAAAUCUUUUCAAGACAACACACUGAAAAAUCAAAAGUAAAGCUCAUUGCUCUGACUGCUAAACUAAUUAAUUAAUUAAAACACAGCAGCUUAAUUAAAGCUGUGCGUGUGUCCCCUGUUUGCUUAUCCUGCUUGUUACUGGAUUUCCUGCAUAUAGUUUCUUUGUCUUUGUUUACUUUAGGGAUUUCUUUUUUUUUUUUAAACAUAUUUGUAAUCAGUUUCUAAUAAUAUUAAUAAUCAUUUGCAAAAGUUAGAAUAAGUAAAUGGUUGAUCUAAUGAUUGCUUAAAACAGAAUCUAAGCAGCCACCUUCCAAAGGAACUACGGAAGUUUCUAAAACAAAGACAGACGAUUCAUUUCUUAUAAACAACACUCAACACAUAUAUAGCACAUGUAUACACCUAUUCACACUGAAAACCUCCAUGCACACACACACACAUGCAUCCACACAUAUACACACACACACACACAAGCAAUAACAUUGAUUUGUUGAAAACAUUUUGAUCUAAUUCCAAUCUGUAAAAGACAAUUCUACCUCAGUGUUUAAGAAAUAAAUACCAUGAACCAGGAAUUAAAUUGUUGCCACAAUGGAACACCUCCGAUGCCUUGGUUUGGCAUGGAUAUUGGAGGGACACUAACAAAGCUGGUCUACUUUGAGCCAAAAGAUGUGUCGGACCAAGGUGACACGGAACAGCUGGAGACCCUGCGCACAAUACGGAAAUAUUUGACUGGCAAUGUUGCAUAUGGCCAGACGGGCAUUCGAGAUGUCCACCUGGAGAUGCCUGACCAACACAUUGGAGGUAAAAGGGGCAGCCUCCAUUUUAUCCGAUUCCCGACCAAUGACAUGAUGCGGUUCAUUGAACUGGCUCGUUCUAAGAAUUUCUCCAAACUAGCAAAGGCAAUUUGUGCGACUGGAGGUGGCGCUUUUAAAUUUGAGUCAGAUUUCAAAGAGCAUGUUCAAUUGAAACUUCACAAAUUUGACGAACUCGACUGCCUCAUUAAGGGUAUUAAUUACAUUGACCGCAACAACAACAAAUCGGAAUGCUACUACUGGAAAAAUCCAGACAACUGUGAGAAAUGUGAAAAGGUCACAUUUGAUUUUAGGGAUCCAUAUCCAUAUUUGGUCGUAAACAUUGGAUCUGGGGUCAGCAUUUUGGCUGUUCGUUCACCUGAUGACUACAAGCGUGUCAGUGGGACCAGUUUAGGUGGCGGUACCUUCCUGGGUCUUUGCUGUUUACUAACAGGCUGCGAAACAUUUGAAGAAGCAAUACAGAUGGCCUCACAAGGAGACAGCACCAAGGUAGACAGACUGGUAAAAGACAUUUAUGGUGGUGAUUACACCAAGUUUUGUCUGUCUGGAGAUGCAGUGGCCAGCAGUUUUGGUCAUAUGAACCUGAAGGAGCGGCGCGACAUUGCUUCACGGCAUGACUUAGCCAAAGCAACCUUAGUGACCAUCACCAACAACAUUGGGUCCAUAGCAAGGAUGUGUGCAGUUACAGAGAAAAUGGAACGUGUUGUAUUUGUGGGUAACUUCCUCCGAGUAAACACAAUAUCUAUGAAACUGCUGGCAUAUGCUAUGGAGUAUUGGUCUGGAGGUUCCCUCAAGGCGUUAUUUCUAGAGCAUGAGGGUUAUUUCGGUGCCAUGGGAUGUCUGCUGGAACUUAUGAAUAUGGGAGAUUCUAUCAGAUAACAUUGCCACAAACUAUACUUACAGGCAAACACAUUCACUCAAUUGCAUACACACACAAAUAUGCAAAUGUACAUAUAACGCGUGUCCGAGUCCCACAUGAUUGCCCCCACCCCACACCCCACUCCCACACCUGCCGUCUUCUGUAAAUGUAACAUUUCUCAAUACUGCUUACCAAUCACCUCGAAAUAAUGCUGAAAAAUCUUUUCUUUUUACUUUUAGCAGUCUUCCUAUGCUGUCUGUGUGUCAGAGUCUGCGAGAGAGAGAGGAAGAGAGAGUGAGAGAAUGUAUGUAUUUGUGCAUAUAUGAAGGCCUGUUGGUUAGAAACACACACACACACACACUCACACAUAGGGAGACCAGUAUAUAUAUAUAUAUAUAUAUAUAUAUAUAUAUAUAUACAUAUACACAUAUAAAGAAUAUGUGGGGUUUAGUUCCCUGGAGGUCUAAACAAACAGGUAUGCUUAGUGCUAAAAUUGGUCAUCUGUUAGGUUCCAAGUUCACAGCUGAGGCUGGAACUAGGGAGCCAUAUCAGGCUUCUGAAUUAGCAGGUAUAUAUAAUAUUAGAGGAAAAAGGAUAACAAAAGCUAAGGCAGGAAGAGUAUCUCAUGUCAUUUAGAAUGUUUUAUUAGGGUAACGUGAAUUUGAUGUCCUUACAGCUGUUUCUGGGAUAUCCCAAGUGAUAGGCUAGCAUGUCUGUGCACUGGGUAUUCUAUCAUCAGAAAGUUCUAGACAGGGAAAUUCACAGUUUAUAAGGAAUAAAAUAGAAGAAUAAAGAGUAAAAGCAGAUACAAGAAUACAGACAGGAGAAUAAAGUUUUGCAGAAGAUGUGGAGAUGUGCUGUGAAGUUUAUUCUCCUAUCUGUAUUCUUGUAUCUACUUCAACUCUUUAUUCUUCUAUUUUAUUACUUAUAAACUGUGAAUUUCUGUCUAGAACUUUCAUACAUUCUCACCUUAUCUCUGACAGAAUACCCAGUGUACAGACAUGCUAGCCUAUCACUUGGGUUAUCCCAGAAACAGCUGUAAGGACUUCAAAUUCACGUUACCCUAAUUAUAUAUUCUAAAUGACUUGAAAUACUCUUCCUGCCUUAGCUUUUGUUGUACUUUUUCCUCUAAUAUAUAUAUAUAUAUAUAAUCCAUAAUUGUUGGUUCCAACAAAAUAUAUAUUCUAUUUUGCUUAUUGCCCCUGAUGAGUCAUAGGCAAAACAAAAUACGUAUUUUGUUGAAAUAAACAAUUAUAUUCACCCUGAGACUCCUCUUUCAAUAUUUUAUUCUUAGUGGCUGGACAUAGCUUCUUUUGAACUUGUCACUCACUAAAUAACUCACACACACACAUACACGUAUUCGUUCUUUACCAUUU